AUUUGGCUUUGGUGAUCUUCCGAUGCCGCCAAAAACAUGACAGCGUUUCGCAUUUGUGCCUCAUUUGAACUUCAAACGCGAGAAAAGUAGCACAGGCCGAGCAACAGAUACGGAUGCGCAGCUACUCAAAAAGCAAAAAAUAUGUAUAUAUAUAAUUAAAUCGCGGCGACUCGGCAACAAAAACAAUUUUAAUAAUCAUAAUACAAAAUAUGUAUCACAAAGCAAAGGCAAAACAAAUAUGUGUGUAUUCGUAUAUAGUUGCCGGUGCUGAUCGCUUUUGAAUUAGACCUACAACACCAACAACAACGACAACUAUAACAUUAAAAUUAUAAACAAAAUCCAAAUGUAAUCCUAACAAACAUUCGGAAAUUUACGCGUGUUUUUAAAGAACUUUUGGCUAUUAAUAGUCUGCGGUGUUUGUUGUUGCUGCUGCUGUUGAUGUUUGUGUUGCCGCCGAGAAUGGCAAUGAACAAUCGAAGCGUAUUUAUUAAUGGAAAUUCAUUUGUCAGUUCUUUCUGCCUGCUGCUGUCUAUUUUCGGAAGGUUUGUCACUGCGUCGAUUGCAGAUGUGGAUGCAGGCGAGGAGUCGUUGACAUUGACAACCACAUCGAUGUCCCCAUCUAUGGUUAGACCAACUUGGACAGUUGACCAGAGUUGUGUUAACUGGACGACAGCGUUGGAGGCGAAGGAUGGAAACUGUGCGCGGAUGACGCGACUCGGAUUGAUCCGUUGCCAUGGAGGCAUGAACAAUCUGGAGGCGAUAACCUCCAAGAACGGAAAGCUAAUGAUGGCUCAUCAGAUGGUGCUUUGUGGUUGGUCUCAAGAAGUGCUCAAUCAACUCGAAGAGCUGCAAAGAUUUCCUCAGCUGCGAUCUCUGACCAUCGAGUAUGGCGACUUCACGGAGUUUCAAUUCGUAUUUCCGGAAAUGUUCCAUCUGCAGGCAAUCAACAUUUCCUGGACGAAUCUCUCGUAUAUCUCGGCACGCACUUUCAAGCGAAUUUAUGCCUUGAAGAUCUUGGAUUUACGCUGGAAUCAAUUGAUACAACUGGAAGGACCUUUGAUCUUGUCACGCUCUUUCCAGCAGCUGUAUAUGGCUGGCAAUCCGUGGAACUGCACGAGGAACUUCAAAUGGUUGUUGCUGCAGCCGGAGAAGGGUCGUCUGGUCGCCGAUCGGGAGAAUCUCAUCUGCACCGAUCGCAAGUACAAAGAGCUACAAAUGCUUCUAGUCAUGCACUACAAGGUGAAGCUGCGAAGAGAGUGUCAAUCGCACAUGGAUCUUUCCAACUGUACCUGCUUAAUGCAUUUCUUCACCAAGUUUUACGGCCCAGUCUACACUGUGAACUGUUCCCACUUGCAGUUCCACAGCUUGCCUUCAUAUCUUCCAGAGAAUACAACAACGCUGAAUAUCAAUAACAAUCUCAUCAGCGACAUUAAUCCUCUGCGGGACAAUCCACACUAUCAGAGUGUGACGGAUGUGCAUGUGAACAACAAUCGCAUCUCCAACAUUGAUGUCCUGGAGGACACCUACUGGCUGCAGAACUUUCGCUUCUUUAAUCUGCAUGGAAAUCUUUUGCAGAAAUUCCAUGUUUAUGCCCUGGACAAUGCAUUGAAUGACAACCAUAAUGCGAAUAUAUUGAUGCUUAGCCAGAAUCCUUUGCAUUGCACGUGCAAAUUUGGAAUGCGACUCCGUGAGAUGUUGACCAAGUAUAAGGACGUUGUGCGGGAUGCCUGGAAUGUCACCUGCACUUACAUGCACGGUGACGAGCUGCGUCUGGCCAAGGUCCUUUCCCUGACUCGCGAGGACAUGUGCAACACAAAUGCGGAGAAUGACAUUCUCAUUCAUCCCAUCGACUUGCUGAAUUGCAUUCUCGCCAGCCUCAUCAUUCUCAUAUUGGGUAAACUGGCCUAUGACUACUAUUUCUAUCGAUAUCAUGGCCGAGUUCCCUGGAUUGUCAUGAAGAUGCCCUAAAAGAGCCCACCAAAUUGAGUAUUACGACUGUUAUUAGCUUUACUUUAAUUGAUAACUUAACGAUUCUAAAUCGAAUUCAUUGAAAGACAUCUUGUAUUU